CGCAGUGUGGACACGGCCUUACUAUGCGAACGCAACCACUGUGAACGCGGCCUAAUGCAAGCGGCGCGUCAACCGGUAUGAACUGUCAAUUGACGCGGGAAGAUGACAUGGCUUGCCAUCAGCAGUUAUUUCCGUUUGCACAAUCUUUUUUUCUUUGCAACAUCGAACGCGAUCAGACUGUUAAAUUGACUUAAACUAACUUACAGCUAGGACUUAAAACUAAAAUCACAGAUCAUUAUCACAAUAGUUUAAAGUGGAGGAAUAGUCUUCCCCGGAUUAAAAUUGAUUCGCACACCGAAAUUUCUUUAAGCUGUUUCCGCAUCAAUUUGCGACAGCUAACAAGAUUUCGGAUUUCACCUUUUGUUCUCUGAACAAAAUCUUAAAGAAAUUUCGUGGCCGGGAAAGGUAUCGAAUUGUGCCCAGCUGAAUUUCACCAUGCCAAAUACGGAUCCCAACCUCAAAACGCCCGAGCAGGGAAAAUCAUCGGAUUGUGUUUGCUGCGCCCAUCCGGAAUCGGCCGAUGAUUGCGUUCAAUGCGACCGAUGCGAUGGUUGGUGGCACAUGUCAUGUGCUCAAGUCACAUCGUCUGUUGCAGACCGGCCGUGGACAUGUAGGCAUUGUUUGCCGGUGAGUGUGUGCACUCCCACUUCCAACGCAAAGGCGGCACGGAUGAAGAUGCAGCGACUGAAAGAGCAGCAGGAAUUAGAGCAACGUCAUCUAGCAGAGAAACACCAGCUGGAGGAGGAGUUGGAAGAAACGGCUAGUAAUAGGAGCCGGAUCAGUCACAGGACGAGCCAGGAUAGAGUAAAGCAGUGGCAACAGCAGUGCAUGGAACAGGGUGCAAGCGCGCAUGGUCAGCAGAUGGAUCAACCGACAGGCGGGGCAGCAGCUUCCCCGGCCAUGCAAUUAUGCGAUCGAGAACCAACGUUGGGACAGGUGGUUAACCCAUCGGAACCAGGUCUGGUUACUCGAGAUCAGCAGCAGUAUACCGGCGCGAUGCCGAAAACACCUAAGAACCCACAAUUGGAAUUCUCCGUGCUCCCCGCAGUCCAGCCCCCCGUUCCCCCCGCAGCACCAACGUGUGGAAAUUCGUUCGACCCUCACCAAUCGGGUCUCAUCGUUCGGGAUCAGCAGCAGUAUACCGGCGCGAUCCCAAAGGCACAUCGGAGUCAACGGGGUGAAUUUCCCGUGCCCCCCGUAGUAUCAACACUGGGCAAUUUGUUCGACCCUCAACAAUCGGGUCUCACCGUUUGUGAUCAGCAGCAGUAUACCGGCGCGAUCACUCAGAGACAGCAGGUAGCAGGUUCGAGAGGUAAAGUCCAGCCCCCCGUAGCGCCAACGUGUGGAAAUUCGUUCAACCCUCACCAAUCGGGUCUCAUCGUUCGGGAUCAGCAGCUGUAUACCGGCGCGAUCCCAAAGGCACAUCGGAGUCAACAGGGUGAAUUCCUCGUGCCCCCCGUAGUAACAACCCUGGGCAAUUUGUUCGACCCUCAACAACCGGGUCUCACCGUUUGUGAUCAGCAGCAGUAUACCGGCGCGAUCACUCAGAGACAGCAGGUAGCAGGUUCGAGAGGUAAAGUCCAGCCCCCCGUUCCCCCCGUAGCACAUCAAGGUAAGCCACUGAAUUAUCCACCUACUAGUGUACCAUUACCAUCCAACUAUGGAUGCUCCCUCCAACACAUAAUGAAACAGUUCGGAACGUUGGCAGCCUCGGCCACGGUUCCAUCGAACAACAUGAAUACAGUUUUUCCCUCGACGGGAUCGAAUGUUGGCCUUGCGCCACAGGCAAAUCCAAGUAUACAUUCCGGAUUAGUAUCCGCAACUGCGGGACCGCCAAUCGUAGGCCAUACGCCACUGGCAAAUGGGACAGUUUUUCCCAAUAUGGAACUGUCAAAUGUUGGCCCUAUGCCACACGUAAAUCCGUCACUAUCUACAGGCAUAGUUCCCCCUCCGCCGGGACUGCCUGUCGUUGAACAAUACACCCCCUCCCCCUCGCAGCUAGCCGCGCGUCAAGUGAUGUCCCGCGAUCUACCUUCGUUCUCUGGCAAUCCUGUUGAUUGGCCAAUCUUCAUCAGUAGCUUUAUGAAUAGUUCGCUGGCGUGCGGUUACAAUAGUGCCGAGAAACUUUCGCGUCUUCAACGUUGCCUGAAAGGGCACGCGUACGAAUCUGUCAAAAGCAGGUUGCUGCUUCCGGAAUCAGUGCCUCAAGUGAUCGAUACUCUUCGGUUGUUAUACGGGCGACCCGGGUUAUUAAUCGGUGCAUUGUUACAAAAAGUGCGCAGUGUCCAGGCACCGAAGGCGGAGAAAUUGGAAACUAUAAUCGACUUCGGCAUGGCUGUGCGCAGCCUCUGCGACCACCUGGAAGCAGCGGGACAGCAGGAACAUCUCUCGAAUCCUACGUUGCUGAUGGAGCUGGUGGAGAAGCUACCUGUACACACCAAGAUGCAGUGGGCGGACUACAUACAACAGCACCCGGUAGUAAACCUCAAGGCGUUUGGAGAUUUUAUGCUCAAAGUCGUCACAGCCGUUUGCAGUGUGUCAAACUACACCGGCGAAAGUAACAGUAGUCAGCAGAAGCCGAGACACAAAGGAGCGGUGAACACGCAUAGCAACGAAGCAGAAUCCGUUCGUGAGGUAGUGAGCGAAAAGGAUCGAGCGUGUAUAUGCUGCAAGAAAUCAGGUCACCGUCUAGCAGAAUGCACCGCAUUUAAGGCGUAUACUGUGGACAGCCGAUGGAACUUCGUACGAGAUAAAGGUCUUUGCCGGAGUUGUCUCAACGCACAUGGGAAGAGAAGCUGCAGAAACGCGACGCUGUGCGUGAUCGAUGGAUGUACCUACCGUCAUCAUGCACUGCUACAUUCAAAUCGAUCCAAUGCAAACCAGCGACCAACCCAAGAAUUGUCUAUUGUUCAGAACCAUACACAUCGGCAAGGCAAGCAGACUUUUCUUUUCCGCAUAAUUCCUGUCGUUCUCCGUGGGCCACGAGCGACCAUUGAAACUUUCGCAUUUCUGGAUGAUGGUUCGGACUUGUCGCUCAUCGAGAACAGCCUGGUGGAGCAAUUGGGUAUCGACGGUCGGAAGACACCGUUGUGUAUGAAGUGGACCGGAAACGUCACCAGAGUUGAAUCGGAAUCGAAGCAAGUGAGAGUUUUCAUCAGGGGAGCCAAUAGCAACAAGCAGUUCACGAUCAACGACGUUCGUACUGUAAAUGAGCUUACUUUACCGGAACAGAAUCUAGAUUACGACAAGCUGGCGCGACACUACCGCCAUCUGCAAGGUCUGCCGAUCGCUAGCUACACGAAAGCGAUUCCCCGUCUGCUGAUCGGCGUUAACAAUGCGAACCUCACGGUACCGCUGCAGGCAAGAGAAGGAAAGAGAACCGAGCCUAUUGCCGUGAAAACAAGGUUAGGAUGGUGCAUAUUUGGCGGUGGUGAAAGUAGGGAUACGCAUUCGUUGAAUUAUCACGCUUGUGAAUGUGCCGGUACCGGCGACCAGGAGCUGCACAAUGCAGUGAAAGACUAUUUUUCUAUGGAGGAUGCCGGAGUUCAACCGCCAGUCGUGCUGGAAUCUGUAGAAGACACGCGAGCUAGGGAGAUUAUGGAGCGGACGACUAUCCGAGUAGGAGAACAAUUCCAAACUGGCCUACUGUGGAGGUACGACGAAAUAGAAUUCCCGGACAGCUACAACAUGGCGGUGAAGCGUUUCGAAUGUCUGGAGCGUAGGAUGCUGCGAGAUCCCGAGCUGGCAGCCAAUCUGAAGAAGCAAAUAGCGGAGUAUCAGCUGAAAGGCUAUGCGCACCGUGCAACUCAGAAGGAGCUCGCACUAGCCGAUCCUAAACGAGUGUGGUAUUUGCCGUUAGGAGUAGUUACGAACCCCCGGAAACCGGGCAAAGUCCGCCUUAUAUGGGACGCGGCAGCGAAAGUAGAUGGAAUAUCCCUAAACUCCAUGCUACUAAAAGGCCCGGAUCAGUUAUCUUCGCUUCCCGGAGUUCUGCUGCGUUUUCGUCAGUACAAGGUGGGAGUUUCGGCAGACAUCCGUGAAAUGUUCCACCAGUUGUUAAUCUGUGAACCGGAUCGUCAUUCUCAGCGCUUCUUGUUCCGGAGCGAUCCAUCAAGGCCUGUCGAAACGUACAUUAUGGACGUGGCGACCUUUGGAUCCACGUGUUCGCCAGCAUCAGCCCAGUAUGCGAAGAACAAAAACGCCGAAGAAUUCGUCGCUCGCUAUCCCCGAGCUGUCGAGGGAAUCCAGAGAAACCACUACGUGGACGACUAUCUGGAUAGCUUCGAGAGUGUGGAUGAGGCCGAAAGAGUUUCCCGCGCAGUCGGAGCAAUCCAUCAGAAAGGAGGAUUCCACCUUAGAAAUUGGUUGUCGAACAGUGCCGAAGUUCUACGUGGACUGAACGAGGAAGCUACCAACGCCAGCAAGAAUCUCUGCUUGAGUACAACGGACGGCGAUCGAGUGCUCGGCAUGCUGUGGCAGACGACCGACGAUGAGCUGCGGUUCUCGAUGAAUUUGAAGGAGGAAAUUCAACGUGUAUUAAAUGAAGACGAGCGGCCAACUAAACGACAGAUAUUGAAGUGCUUGAUGGGAAUAUUUGAUCCACUGGGGCUUCUUAGUGUGUACCUCGUGCACGGCAAGAUCCUACUUCAGGACGUGUGGCGAGCCGGACUGCAGUGGGACGAAAGGGUGCCGGAAGAAAUAUUCGAACGUUGGGCUAGGUGGACCGCUCUGUUCCCGAAGAUACUUCAGAGUGAUUGA